GCCCCUCCUCCCAGCCUGAUCUUCCUGGCAGGGCUGCGUGCAGCUCAGUGUGGGGAACACCCCGGCGGCAGCCGCGCACCCCGCUCUCCUCCUGCGCCUCCCGUGCGGCCGGCAGCGCCCAUCAUGGACAGGUGGUACCUGGGGGGCAGUGCCCAAGACGCCAUGGACCCCUUUCACUACGACUAUGAGACCGUCCGCAAAGGGGGCCUGAUCUUCGCCGGCCUGGCCUUCAUCAUCGGGCUGCUCAUCCUGCUGAGCAAAAGAUUCCGCUGUGGGGGUGGUAAGAAGCACCGGCAGGUGGGCGAGGAUGAGCUGUGACCACAGAGCCCCCUGCACCCGCCGGCCACGG